AUGGCGUGGCCCAACAAGAAUAAAGAUAUGCUCUACCGUCGAGUAGGCGAUUCGGGACUGCAUGUCUCUGCGCUCGGGCUAGGAGGAUGGCUAACUUUCGGUGGCCAUGUUGACAACGAGGUCACAUUCCAAUGCAUGAAGCAGGCCUAUGACUGCGGAAUUAACUUCUUUGACACUGCGGAAAGCUAUGCGGGAGGACAAUCUGAAAUCGUAAUGGGCCAAGCGAUCAAGAGGUUCGGAUGGAGUCGCAGCGAUCUCGUUAUCACCACCAAGCUUAACUGGGGCCUUGCCAACGGAGAAAUCCUCAUCAACAACCACGGCCUUUCACGGAAGCACAUCAUCGAAGGCACGCAGGCUUCGCUGAAGAGACUCCAGCUUGAAUACGUCGAUAUUAUCUACGCCCACCGGCCUGAUAGACUGACCCCAAUGGAGGAGACUGUGCGGGCCUUUAACUAUGUGAUUGAAAAGGGCUGGGCGUUUUACUGGGGAACUUCCGAGUGGUCGGCCGAUGAGAUCAUGGAAGCAUGUGGCAUCGCUAAGUCGCUCGGACUGAUUGCUCCUAUUGUCGAACAGCCCCUCUAUAACAUGUUGGACCGGGAGAAGGUCGAAGGCCAAUACCAACGGCUGUACUCUCGGUGCAAAAUUGGUCUGACAACUUUCUCCCCGAUGAAGAUGGGCCUUCUCAGCGGCAAAUACAACAACGCCACCACACAGCCUCCGGCGGGUUCGCGCUUCGCCGAAAGCAACGAUAAGUUUGCUAACAGUGUCCGGGCCGACUGGGAGAACAAGCAGUGGGCCGAGAACAUCCAGAAGAUCAAUGGUUUACAGACACUCGCCGAUAAACUUGACGUUAAGCUAUCGCAGCUUGCUCUGGCUUGGUGCUUGAAGAAUGAGAACGUCACUUCUGUUAUCACGGGUGCCUCCCGGCCAGAGCAGAUUGUCGACAAUGUGCAGAGCUUGAAGUUGCUGCCUAAGUUGACCCCUGAGGUCAUGGAGGAGAUCGAUGGCUUCCUCUUGAAUAAGCCCGCGCAGGAUCCCGCUAGACAGGAUUAG